AUGGCUGAAAAAAAUAAAGAUAAACAAUCAACUGUGAAUGAAAAUAUAAAUUGGAAUACAGUCGAAGACUUCAAUGACAUGUUCGAUAUUGUCGAUGAUGAGAACGAUACACUUGAAUAUGCAGAGGAUGAAUUAAAUAAAUAUUACUUGUCUGGUCAUGUGAAUUCAAUGGUACAGGAAGAUGAAAUGAUCGAUGAUGAUAGUUAUGAUAAUGACAUAAAUGUCAUUGAAGAAAUACAAACAGAAGCUAUUCUGUCACAAAAUUUCAGUCAAUUAUCAACAAAGGCUGAAGAUGAACAGAAAUCUGGUGUAAUUAAUAAAAGACAACGAUCAAGUACUACUAUAUCUAGUCCAGAUGCCAGCUGCAAGAAAAUAAAGCUAAUUGUGGACGAUGCUGAUGAAUAUACUGCUACCACCACAAUGAGUAGCACUGAAACAAAUGAAAUACCGAUCUAUCUAUCGAUAAAUAACAAACUAUUUGUUCAUAUGGCACAAACUAUAACAAAAACAACUACUUCUAUUAGUAUAAAUAGUAUACAACAACUAGCUCUAUUCAUACAUCAAGCGGCUAGUGUUCGAACAGAUAGAGAAGUUAUGAAAGCCUAUUUACAUUCAGUGAUGGGUACAUUAAAACAAUCUGAAUCUCAUCUCAUCGAAGUUGACCGGCGUGUAUGGCCUAUCCAUGUUCAAUCACUUAUGUUAACACAACAUAAAGCAGCAACAACUACGGCUUGUGCUAGCGUUACAGAAGAUCAGCAGGCUGAUUGUGAAAAACAUUUACAUCAACGUUUAAUAGAAAUGAAUGAAAAAAUUCAAUAUCAUCAAAAUCAAUUUAACGAAAAGAAAAACAAUUUAAUCGACUUUACAUCGAAUAUCGAACAAACUAUUCAAAGUUUUGUUCAAAAGCAUGGUGUGAAACCACUUGAAAUGAAACGGAAUUUGAAAAUAGCAAUGACUAACCAUGAUUAUGAUUCAGAAAUUUUAAGACGUCAAUAUCUACAAGAAAAACCAAAUGAAUAUCAAAUUCAAGUUAUGAAACAUCUUUCUGAAAAAAAACGUGAACUAGAAAAGUCGAAACGAGAACUAUUAGAAAUGAAAUAUAGAGUCUUCUAUAAUAAACCACAUUCUUCGUUAGAUGCCAUUGAAACAACUAUGCCAAUAUUGAAUGAUGACGAUAGAAAACUAAAAUUGUUGAAUAAACAUGAAAAAUUAAUUCAACGAAAGAAACUUGACUUUGUGGCUAUUAAAAUAAUAGGAGCCGAAAUAAAAUUCUAUCAAUGUCUUCGAGCAUUCGAUCACGAACUAGCUGCUAUGUGGAAAAACCAUCGUGAGCUUGUAAAAAACAAAGGAAUGUCUACAACAUUAACGGAUCUUAUUGAAAAGCGUUUCACCGGUAUUGCUGAUCGAUGGAGAGAUGUCUACAAUUACCGACUGAAUUGUUAUUUCCGAAACUUCUAUAGUGACUUCGAACCCACCAACACGAAUGCAGAUGGAGACAAGAUGAAACGAAUUGGGUUUUCAUCAUCUUUAAUUAUAGACGCUAUACAUCAAUUAUCUGAUAAAGAAUUACAAUUACUGAAUAGAGGACCUAGUUAUGUUCCACCUGGUCAAAUAUCAAUAUCAUCUUCGGGUCAAUCUGUCGAUGAUAUUAUUAAAAAGAAAUAUGCACCAUUAAAACAUCAACUCAGUUGUUUAUUUUCAAAAUAUCAUGUUAAUAUUGCAUUAUCAAUGGAAAUUGAACAGAAGAUAAGUGAUCAAUUUACAGAUCUUUUUUCUGUACCAAUACCAUCGAAUCUUCAGCAGCGUGCUCUCUAUGAAAAACAUCUUCUUCAAUCGAUUCGAUAUUCUUUAAACGCGAACAAUCUAAUCCUACGACGAACUGCUGAUAAUAUGAAUACGUUUUAUUUGGGAAAUCUCCAAGAGUUUGAAACAAAAGCGUAUGAUUAUUUAUCAAAAUCAGAUGCUUAUAAGGUGCUAUUGAAUAAAGAUAAAGACAAUGGUGGUCAACAAUGGCAAAUUGAAUUGAAACAAAUGGUCGAAUCAAUAAAUCUAUUGUUGGAAUCAUUGAAAAACCAUAAAGCAGUAAAUAUCGAUCUGUUUAAUCGAUUAUUAGUUGAUGCAAGUAAAGUGAAAUUACCAUAUUUGUAUUUCUUACCGGAUGUUUCUAAAGAAAAUGAAAUUUCAUUAGUACCCUACAUUACAUCGAAACAUAGUGUCACAUGGAGAAUUGGUAAAUAUCUAAAUGAAUUACUACGACCAUUUGUCGAUAAGAACCUAUCGACAACAACAUUUCGUGAUGAACCUGAUUUCAUGCGAAAAUUAAACGAUUAUGUGUAUGUAGAACGUCAUCUUCGAGCAACUACUUUAUUUUGUACCAUCAAAAUUAUUAAUUAUUAUACAUUAGAUAUACAUAAAAAUAUGAUUGAUACAGUUGGUUACUUCUUGGAAGAUAAUUUAGUUACCAAUAAACUUGAACAAGUUACAAUUCAGACUAUUAAAAAUUUACUACAUAUAUUUCUCUAUAAUAAUGUGUUCUAUUAUAAAGAUAAAAUAUAUACAUUAAUGAAAGGUAGUCCAAAUACGAUGCCAUUAUCGGAUACACUGUCCAAUAUCUUUCUAUUUACAUGGCAAAAGAAAAUCUUGAAAGAAAUAAAAUCAAAGAAUGAAUUCUUCGGAAGAUAUAAAGAUCAAAUAUUUUUCACAUGGAAUAAUGGGAAUGAAGAACAACUUGGCAGUUUUUUACAAACUAUAAGAGAUAAAAAGCCUAAUGUGCAAUUCCAGAAAUUAAUUGGAACAAAUGUACCAUUCUUGAAUGCAUUUGUUGAAAAUCAAAAUGGUGAAUUAUUCACUCGAGUGUAUCAUCAUCCUAUUCUUCCUAGAUAUACAUUACCGUAUGUAGUGGGUCAUUCGAAAUUAGCUCAUGGUGAUUGGUUUCGAUCAGCAUUAAUUCGGGCUGUUUGUUAUUGUUCAUUGAUCGAAGAUUUUACUCUUGAACGUAUUUAUCUCGAAUUGACUUGUCUGGCCAAUGGCUACUCAAUAUUUUUUGUUGAAAAUAAUGUUCAGCAUUUCUUCGGUUAUUUUCAUGCUGAUACCAUGCGAUAUUUAAAAGAUCAAACCAUAUAUGACAAAUUUCGUCAUGAUUGGUUUGGAUUUAUGACUAUGCAAUAUGAAUUGUCUGAUAAACUUCAAACAUUCAAUGAUAAUGAUUGCUUAAUUCAUCUCAAUUAUCUAUAUGAAUUCGGUCCUAAAUGUCAAUUCAAUCAACAAUUUCAUUGUCUUUGGUCAGAAUCUUUCAAUCAACAUCAAAAUCUAUCAAAAGAUAAAGCUAAAGUUCAACUUACGACUAAACAUCAGCAUUCAUUAAACUCUCUGUUAGCUGGAGAGAAAUCAAUAUGUUCAAUUCAAUAA